UUCAUGAUAAUUCUUAUUGCCUGAGAUGUCUUUUAGUUUUAGAGAUCUAAAAUCUAUUUUUGUUCUAUUUGGUUAUCUGUUGAUUUGUACCUGAACAUUUUUCUAGAAUCCUUCUUCUUUUCCUUUCUUUUCUGUAGAACUGGCAGCAGUUUUAGUGCAAGUAUUUUUGCCUGUUUCAUUGACAUUACUUGAACAAUAUUUGUACCAAGUUGGUGUCUUGAGGUGACUGUUGUAUCACAAGAAGCCAUGAGUUCCUUUGUCAUAAAAGCAGUCGGAGACUCCAGCAAUGCUGGCUUCGACAUUAUCCAAAACCGCAUUGAAUCCUUGAGCGGAAAGAUGGACAAACUCAUCAACAUUCAAGAAAAGGUCCUCAGUCGACUGGACGGGAUGUCUCAAGAAAUUGAUGACAUUGAACAGGAUAUGGAGCAAAUCAAGGUAGAUAAGGAGGAGAUCCAUCUGACCCCGAAGGUGAUGAACCAGACCCAGGUGAUGGGGAGGGAGGUGCAGGAGAUCUGCCAGGAGAUGAGCACCAUCAUGUCGGUAGUGAACCAGCGGUCUGAGCAGCAGGCUCAGAAGCUGGAGGGCAUGGAGAAACUGGUCCUUAGCAUGCAGCAGGUGAUCAGCUUCAUCGGCGAGACAGUAAAAUGCUCAAAGGUGAUGGAGAUGAUGUUCAAAGGUCCAGCAACUCGGAAGGCCUCCAGGCACAAAGACAGUAAAGGGAAGCAAGCAACUAAAAGGAAAGCAUCCACAGAAACAGUAACAAAGAAGCCAGACAAGGUGAAAGAUCUCAAAGGCAAAGAUGGGGCAGACAAGCCACGUUUGAGCCAGAAGGGCCUGAAAGCUCAAAAGAAGAUGAAGCCUCCAGAUGCAGCAGAUAAUAUCUCACCAAAGAAGCAGGCUUUGCUUCUUGAAGAAGUGCAGAAACUAAACAGAGAGAAUGCAGAAAAGUCGGGUCAUCUGUUCCCACCGCUGGAUCUGGAGGCUGGGGUGGCACUUAAAGACGAGCAACCAGAGGCCCCCACUUGCAACCUGGUGGACUAUGUGCAUGAAGAGUUCCUAGCUGCUGUGGCUGAGAAACUCGAUGUUAUAGAUGUUACUGUGAAGCAGAUACAGGAUGAAGAGCUUGAGGAAAAAGCUGCAUUAACAGAGAACGCCAUUGACAAUGCAGGGCAAAAGGAAGCAGUAGAAGAAGUAAAGCCUGCAGUUCCCAAGGAUCUACAGAAAGAAGAUAUUUCUGCUGCUGAAGGAGGAAUAGAAGUCCCAGAGGGGCCAGCUUCCUAUGAAGAUAAAAAAGAAGAGAUUGCUCCCAGUGACGACCAUAAAGAGGAGGAACUGUCUGAAAUGACUGAGCAGGACCAGAUGACGGUGUCACAAGAGGACAAUGAGGAGGAAGGAGAACAGCAGAAAGAGGAUGAAGAGGAAGAGCAAAGGUCACAGUAUGGAGAUUUGGCUAUCUUCAAGGCAGAUGGAGUUGAAAUCCAGAUAAACAUUAAAGAAAAGCUGGAGAAGCAAAGACAGGAAAAUGCUGAUGGAAAUAGGAUUGAUGAUGAUGAUCAAGCUGAGCGCUUCUUAAUUGACACCACUCCUCCUCCUGCAGCUCCUUUUAAUCAUCGCAUUGUGUCUGCCAAGCCAAACCAGAUCAGAAACUUUUACACGAUCAACUGGCAAGAGGUCCUGGGGGGGGGACGUUUCGGUCAGGUGCACAAAUGUGUUGAGAACUCUUCAGGUCUCACUUUGGCAGCAAAGGUCAUUAAAGCACGAAGCCAGAAAGAGAAGGACGUGGUGAAGAAUGAGAUCCAGGUCAUGAAUAAUCUGGACCAUGCCAACCUGAUCCAGCUCUAUGCAGCUUAUGAGUCAAGGAAUGACCUCAUCCUUGUACUUGAAUAUGUUGGUGGAGGGGAGCUAUUUGACAGGAUUAUUGAUGAAAACUACACUUUAAUGGAGCUGGAUGCUGUGGUGUUCAUCAGACAGAUCUGUGAGGGCCUUCAGUAUAUGCACAAAAUGUCCAUACUGCACCUGGACUUAAAGCCAGAAAACAUUUUAUGUGUGAGCAGAGUGACCAAUAAGAUUAAGAUAAUUGAUUUCGGCCUCGCAAGGAUAUAUAAACCACGGGAGAAGUUAAAGGUGAAUUUUGGAACUCCAGAGUUUCUGGCCCCUGAGGUCAUCAACUAUGAUUUUGUGUCGUUCAACACAGACAUGUGGAGCCUCGGUGUCAUCACUUACAUGCUCCUGAGCGGUCUGUGUCCCUUCCUUGGCGAUGACGACAACCAGACUCUGAACAACAUUUUGGCUUGUCAGUGGAACUUUGAGGAACAAGAGUUUGCAGAUAUGUCUGAGGAAGCCAAAGACUUUAUCACUAGACUCCUUAUUAUAAAUAAAACCUGGAGGAUGGGGGCCUGUGAGGCAUUAAGGCAUCCUUGGCUGUCAGACCCUGUUCUUCAUCAUCGCCUUUAUACAAAGAAAACUAUGUGCAGAUCACGGCGGUCAUCAUGUGUACCAAGGAUUGAUAUUUAAGACCCAGAGGAGAUGGCUCCUGCUGUGACAACUUGGACCAACCCUCUUUGUCAAUGAAAAUCUCCCAGACUCCUCGAAAUCCAAUUUAAGCUCUUGAGACGUGGGCUGAUAUUCUGGUUACUCCACAAAUGUUCUCCUGACAUGUGAUCCCCAUGUUUUAAGAAUGUGAAUAAUACUCUCGCCUAUUUUAGUUUAUUCAAAUUUGCUAUCAGUUGUUUUUUAAAUACAUAUUUUUGGAAACUCUCCAUUCGUUCACUUCAUAGUUCACAAUUUUCAUUUACUUCUGAAACGUUAUGUUCUGAAUCUUCUGUACAGUGGUACUUUCUUAGUUUUACUAUUUUCUGUCUCUGAGUAUUUAGUAUUUAAAAAGACGAUGCUAUGAGUAUCUGACAAAUCAUUAUGCAUUAUAUACUUGAUGCUGA